AUGGUAAUAUGUGCGUGUCUAGUGGCAGCAGCGUGGACAGCAGUUUCGGCUAUUGCACCUCCGCCGGCGGCAGGGACUCUCGUAACUGGGUUCGUGGCAGAAUGGGGUUUCAAGCAGCCUAUAUGUGGAAGACAGCUGUGCAAAACGCGCAUAGAUCCAGCAUUACGCCACAGUGACAGUUGGAAUGGCCGUAGCAAGUAUAGGCAAAGCCGAUCGAGCGUUAACAACAGCAGUAAUGACAUCCUAGGCGGCAACCGGUUACUUUUGUUUGGUGACGAUGAGCACGACGAGAUUUCACACGCAACAAAGGUGUCCGACAAUGGUGGUAUCAAGCAAACAUCCCAUCCGAGGAAGAAAGGCAUUGCGCCAGUCGGUGACGACAGCCCCAAAGUUGCCCUUUCAACUGAAGUUAGGGCUGAGGGAAGGUCACAGACCCGCCAAAAUUCCGAUUGGAAUGAUGCAGCAGAAAAACGCUCAGAAAGAGUGGACGAGCUGACAGUAGUGUACUCCAAGGGUUUACGUCAGAACAUUUCAGCGGUCGACCCGGGGCAUGCGGCUACCAAGCAUAAGACUACCGGUGCUCACGAUACGGCUAAACAGGCAGAUGCAGGAGAUGUACCCGAACCAGCGCAACAAGAAAAUGCACGGAAGCAUGGCAAUUCCCAUAAGGAGGUGCUUUACUCCCAGCUGUUACGCCUGUUUGAGACUGUCAGCCCCGCCAUGCAAAAAGAAAACACAGAUUUGUAUACGGAGUUACAUUCCCUCGUAAAAGACCUUGAUUGGAAUGCUUGGGAAGCGGCUGCAGCGUCUCCUGAUGGCAUUAAAGAUUUUUACAGUUUGCAACUCGGCAGAUACAAAUCUGUGGACUCGGGCUUCAGGCAAUGCCUUUCCGCACAUAUGAGCCGAUGGAAGGAAUGCCUCAAUACAACACCGCCGAUGGUGAGCAACGCGUUGAGUAAAUUGACGAAACCGCUGGGUAUGCAGCACGCCCUCGACGUUGGCGAAUUCCUUUUGUUGAUUGAUGAGCUUGUGGACAGAUACCACAAAAACGAGAGCGAACACAGAUGGAAAGUCUUAUAUGCACUCAAAGACUGGAUGGUGAACACCGCAGUUGCAGCGGUGGAUGUAGUGCUCCCUUUGAGACCCGCUGAGCGGCUUGUGGGAGCAUUAUCCUUCGCGAAAUCAGUGUGCAAGUGGAUUGCUUCCAAACUCAUGCGGCAGGAUGGGCUCAAUUUUUCCUUUAAUGAGUUCGGCUUGUUCAAGUAUUAUGAAAUGACAAAGUCAUACAUCCACGUUCCUGAUAGCGAUACGUGGCCUCAGGAUUGCCAGCCACUUGCUCCACCUGGGGGUGGCGCCUGGAAGCUGACAUUCCUCGGGACAGGUUCUAGGAAGACGUCGAAAACACGCGUGACAUCGUCCAUACUUUUUGCACGCUCUGGAAUGGAUCAUUUGUGGUUGUUUGACUGCGGAGAAGCAUCCAUAUUACGCCUUUAUGCAUCAGGGUACAGCGACAAGCGUGUGAAAAAAAUCUUCCUAACCCACUUGCACGGUGACCACUCUUUCGGCUUGUUCUCGUUCCUCAGCGCAGCUCCUAGCUCCACCCCGAUUGAAGUCUACGGUCCUUCUGGUACCGCCCAAUUUAUCGCAAACGUACUUUCAGCGACAUCAAAGUCGCAGAAGCUACGAUCGUUCGUCGUCAACGAACUUGUUACUCCCGGCCAUGAAACGGAUGCACAAAAUGAAAGAGAGCAGCUGGAGAAAACCUUCAAAAUAAACUAUAUAUACCCUGAUGGCAAUAUGCAUUACAUUGCUCAUGAGGAUGACACGUGUGUCGUCAAGGCCGCGCCGUUGGUCCACACCAUCAACACCGUGGGUUACGUUGUCCAGGAAAAGUUAGCGGAAGAACUGGAUAGCCCUAUGGGAUUACUUGAACCAACGUUGGUGGGCACAUCGUGUGUGAAUGACAAGGGUAGUGACGCGUCGGGAAACAUGAAUAAUGCAAAAAGGCCCCCGCGCAAAUUUGCCAUAUGCCAGGACACGGCGGACAGCCGGCUGCUGCAACCUUUGGCCAUGGACGCAGACGUUUUAAUACACGAAUCGACCAUCAAUGCGCCCAGCAACGCUGGUUCAGAAAUGUUGCUGCGGCUAACUAGGCACGUGUCGUCGGACACUAUGAAACGCACAACCAUGCGAAUGCUGGACCAGCUGUUGCAGACCGAAGAAAUGAAGUUUCAAAUGUGCCACAGUACAUUAAGUAACAUACAAUACUACUACAAUCGCAAGCUUCGCGCAUUGCGCGAUGUUAUACAGCACCAAGAAACGCUUGCGGAUGCGGUGGGCCGCCUCGAUGAAGCGCCGGCGGAUACAUUCCCAUCUCAGACUGCAGCUAUUGGAACUAAAUCCAAUACACGCAACGGCCAUGAAGUCCAGGAGAGGCGUACACCUACUUGGACAACUAUGGUCAGACAACUUAUUGGAGAGCUCAAGUUGUAUUCCGAAGCACAAUUUGCUGGGAUGAUCGUGAAUGACAUGGCACGCCUGGUUGCGCUUAUCAAUGAACUGAGCGACAUUUCUCCCGGUGACAAGGGCCAACCGAAGAGCCGUGUAAUGCAAACAAAUAUGCGCGCCUUGGCGGUUCAGCUACUAGAAGAACAAGGGGUCCAGGUGGACCGCAAUAUCGAGUUCACUGGGGAGGCUGACAGUUCAAAAGCCAGUCGCUCCAUAGAUCGCAUAACGCCUCUGAUAUUUCAAUACUGGUCCGAUGUUAUGGGUGUGCGCUUGCCAGUGCUUGAGCAUGACAAGUACGGUCGUCUCGAGUGGGAGAAGCUCUACAACGCAUAUGCACGCUUCAAUGGCCAUUCCACAUGCCUCCAGGCAGGCGAAUUCGCUUCUCGAAUUCGUGCUCGCAAGCUCAUACUCACCCACUUCUCGCAGAAUUGCCCAGACGGACAGGAAAGUGAGCACAUACUCACCAUGACCAGGAUUGCCCAUGCGGCAUUGCGUGGGUACCGCCGCCACCACGCCGAAAAGGAAGGCCGGAAACUCAUAGUGGGAACGGCGUGGGACACGUUCUCACUUACAAUAUAA